AUGCAACCAAUAAGUUUCAACAACAGUUUAAAUCAGGCAGUCAUCAUAUCGCCCAUUAGUUUGAAUGAUCAUGAUCGUACACUAGAAGAUAUGCUUUCUCCAUCUCCGAUUGCAAGCAGAAUGGUCGGAGAAGAUCAACAUCACCAACAAAAUGAAAUAUCAAAUAUUGUUGAACAUAUCCAUGAUGAGUUGGAUCAUAUACAAAGAGACCUUUCCUUAAUUUCUUCUAUUGAACCACCUCAUAAUUUUCAUAAUCCAAGAGAAGUAUUAAUAGUCAAUUACUUUUCGGAGGAGGAGCGAAAGGAAAUAAUUAAAAAAGAUAAAACCAUUGAUUUGUAUGGAUCGCAAGUGCUUGGAAAUGAUCGACUCAUGGAAAUAUGUCAGGCAGAACUGAUGAAGUCAAAUCAAUUGUCGUCGUGGAAAGAAAGCAUUAGUUCUGUUUUGCAUGAUGAUGAGUGGAAGUACAAGAAGAAGAAGAAGCGCUAG